ACAGCCGGGGCGGUGGGGAUGCUGGAGGAGGCUUUGUCAGCUUGUUAUGAAGAGCUCUUUAACUUUAUGGGAAGACUGACUUUUCUAAGUGGGAGACCCAGAGCACCCUAUCAAGUCCCUGGUCCCCAAAUCCAGCCUCAAGAACAGCCUUCCUGCCAUUCAGAACCUUCCUCAGCCCCUUCCUGCAAGCAUAGAGAUGCUGCACUGACUCCUGGACUGGCGGAGCUGACUAAAACAGCUUCUGUCUCUGGCCUCAGCCCCCAGGUCAUGUCCCUUCAUUUUUCUGCACUCUCACUCUUGCCACUCCUGUCUCCGCCCACCUCUCCCUUACCUUUCAUGCCCUUGUUAUGUCUUCCUUGAUUUCCACUGUCAUUUCCCACACCUGUUCCCAGCCUAUUAUCCCUCCUCUCCUUCCCCACCUGUUCCUUCCACCUGCCGCCUGUUACUCCCAUUAUCUCAUCUGCAUGGUCCCUGAAGCAGGUUCCCUCCACCGGCUGCUGUUCUGCAGCUGCCGCCUUUUCUCCCAGGUGUGCUCACUGCCUGGCUUGGCCCCUACCCUUCCCUUCGGCCUGGGGCCUGGGGCCUGGGCUGUCCUGCUCUGAGCAGAAACUUGUCGGACGGCCUCCCUGUCUUCCGGGGGAGGAGUUGUCAUGGCAACAAGAGCGCGGCUGCCACCUGACACCACCAGUGGCUGGCGUGGGGCUGAGUCACGCACACACCCCAAGGCCACCCACCCCGUCUGGCUUCCUCCUCCAUCCCACCCUUGUCAUUGCCAUUAACCUGCUGGCCACCCAGCCCAGCCCAGCCAAGCCCAGUCUAAGAGGCCCCACCUACUCUCACCAAGAGGUGGUGCUCCCAGUGGCGGUGGGGUUGGCCCCUAGAAGAGGAGAGACUCCAAGGGGGUGGUUCCCAAACCUGCCCACAUGUUUUACAGGAUCACCCAGGGAUAUUUUUCACAAAUACAGGUUUCUAAGCCCCUCCCUAGACACAGUGAGUUAGAAUCUUGGUCCAGAACUCAGGAUUUCAAAAGCUCCCCAGGUGAUUCUUUUGAGCCAGCUCAGCACCAGUCUGAGGACCCCCUUGUGGCAGCCAUAGCUUCCCCAGACCCCUUCCCAUUUUCUCCUGGGCCUCUCUGUCGUUCUGGUUGGGUCUUCAGGCCAGCUGUGAAACACUCCUUUUAGUGUGUCUAUAGAUCAGAGAAGACAGAAGGUGUGUGUUAUGGAGAAUGUCAUGUCUUUGGAGGAAGUGUUCCUGGCACCCUGGUUUUGAAUUCAUAGCCUCUAGAACUGUCAUCAUGUCUAUGUGUGUACAACAUGUGCCACCCACCAUGUCUGCACAUGUGACAAGUGCCACCCGGGAUUGUCAUCAUGCCUGGGCACAGGAUACGUGCCACCCAGGACUGUCACCAUGCCUGUGUACAUAGGACACAUGCCACCUAGGACUGUCACCAUGCCUGUGUACAUGGGACACAUACCACCCAGGACUGUCACCAUGUCUGGUUGCAUAUAACACGUGCCACCCAGGGCUGUCACCGGGUCUGUGCACACCUCUGUGCCACCUCGUGCUCUCAUUGGGUGUUUAUCUCCAUCACUAAACUGGGCUCUCAAAGAGGCAGCUCUGCAUGGGUUUUGCCUAGCACUGUGCCUCCAACCAGUAGGUAUCAAAUAAACACUGAAUGAAUGAAAAUGGGGAGGGGCAAGUGUGGGCUGCACAUGACAAGUGCUGAAGCCCAGAGUGAGGUAGAAGGGCACCUGGAAGAUGUGCCCAGCAGCAGGGUGUCUGGGGGCCAGGAUGGCCUGGUGGAGGAGGGCCCUGGGGAGCUGGAGGGCAGGGCAGGGGCUGGCACUGGAGGUGGUGAUAAACAAGUGGAAAGGAUGGUAACAGUGCCCAUUUCACAGGCGAGGGAGUGAAAGAAAAUGCCUCACACAGUGCCUGCCUUUUCCUCUUCAAGGAUCUCCUCGUUUCCAGAUUCCUCUUUGUCUGUUUCUGAGCUGGGACUCAAAGCUCACAGGUCCUGGAGAAUGACCUCCCAGUCAGCCAGAGUGAGGUUGCCCUCGACAUACCUGCAAACCUUUGGGAAACAGGAGUUUGCAUUGGGGGACCCCUCGUGGAUCUUGAGUAUUCUUAAGUAACUUGGGGCUUGAAGGGCGGGUGUCGGAGGUGCUCCAGUGCCCUCUGCCGCCGCCCCGCAGGGCCUGGCCCUGCCCCGCUGGCCACGCUCCACCUCCCUCCCCUCCCCAAUACCGUCCAACCUGUUUGUCUGGAGCCGCCUCCGUCUCCUCUCGCCACAGCCAGGUGUGCCCCACUCACUGUCUCAGGAGCUUGGGACAUCCCGUAGCUCCUUUUGCCACUCCUUGAAAUUCCCACCAUUCCCAAAUUCUGACCCUGGACUCCAGCCUGAGGUCCCACUGGGGAACAGAAACUGGCCCCCUGCCUACAGGGAGCAUGGACUCUGGGCCCUGGGCUCUGUAGCCAGCAGUUGGCAGCAUGAAUGGGAAUGGAGUGAGCAGGGUGCAUGGGAAUGGCCUUCAUGGGGCCAGCGAAUUUUAUUAUGAGGCUGUGGAAGGGGCCCAGAAUCCCGGGGGCCUCCUGCUCUCACCAGCUGCUUUCAUCAACCCUGCUCAGUAUGCCAGUGUGCUGGAAGGACGCUUCAAACAGCUGCAAGAUGAGCGAGAAGCCGUGCAGAAGAAAACCUUCACCAAGUGGGUGAACUCGCACCUGGCCCGGGUCACGUGCCGGGUGGGGGACCUGUACAGUGACCUCCGGGAUGGGCGCAACCUGCUGAGGCUCCUCGAGGUGCUCUCAGGAGAGACACUGCCAAAGCCCACAAAGGGCCGCAUGCGGAUCCACUGCCUGGAGAACGUGGACAAGGCACUGCAGUUCCUCAAGGAGCAAAAAGUGCACUUGGAAAACAUGGGCUCCCAUGACAUCGUGGAUGGAAACCACCGCCUGACCCUUGGGCUGGUCUGGACCAUCAUCCUUCGAUUCCAGAUCCAAGACAUCAGUGUGGAGACAGAAGACAACAAGGAGAAGAAGUCGGCCAAGGAUGCCUUGCUUCUGUGGUGCCAGAUGAAGACCGCAGGGUAUCCCAACGUCAAUGUACACAACUUCACCACCAGCUGGAGAGAUGGACUAGCCUUCAACGCCAUCGUGCAUAAACACCGGCCAGACCUGCUGGAUUUUGAGUCCCUGAAGAAGUGUAAUGCACACUACAAUCUGCAGAAUGCAUUUAAUGUAGCUGAAAAGGAGCUGGGACUUACCAAGCUGCUGGAUCCUGAAGAUGUGAAUGUGGACCAGCCAGAUGAGAAGUCAAUCAUUACCUAUGUGGCUACUUACUACCAUUACUUCUCCAAGAUGAAGGCCCUGGCAGUAGAAGGCAAGAGAAUUGGCAAGGUGCUGGACCACGCCAUGGAGGCAGAGCGCCUGGUGGAGAAGUACGAGUCCCUGGCCUCCGAGCUGCUACAGUGGAUCGAGCAAACGAUUGUGACCCUCAAUGACAGGCAGCUGGCCAACUCCCUGAGUGGGGUCCAGAACCAGCUGCAGUCCUUCAAUUCCUACCGCACUGUGGAGAAGCCGCCCAAGUUUACCGAGAAAGGGAACUUGGAAGUGCUGCUCUUCACCAUCCAGAGCAAGCUCCGGGCCAACAACCAGAAGGUCUACACACCCCGUGAGGGCCGGCUCAUCUCAGACAUCAACAAGGCCUGGGAGCGGCUGGAGAAGGCGGAACAUGAGCGGGAGCUGGCCCUGCGCACUGAGCUCAUCCGCCAGGAGAAGCUAGAGCAGCUAGCCGCCCGCUUCGACCGCAAGGCCGCUAUGCGGGAGACCUGGCUCAGCGAGAACCAGCGCCUCGUAUCCCAGGACAACUUUGGGCUGGAGCUGGCGGCUGUUGAGGCAGCAGUGCGGAAGCAUGAAGCCAUCGAGACGGACAUUGUGGCCUACAGUGGCCGGGUGCAGGCGGUGGAUGCUGUGGCUGCAGAGCUGGCCGCCGAGCGCUACCAUGACAUCAAGCGCAUCUCCGCUCGGCAGCACAACGUGGCGCGGCUCUGGGACUUCUUGCGGCAGAUGGUAGCUGCCCGGCGGGAGCGGCUCCUCCUCAACCUGGAGCUGCAGAAGGUGCUCCAGGACCUGCUCUACCUCAUGGACUGGAUGGAAGAGAUGAAGGGCCGGCUGCAGUCUCAGGACCUGGGCAAGCACCUGGCUGGAGUGGAGGACCUGUUGCAGCUUCACGAGCUGGUAGAAGCAGACAUCGCCGUGCAGGCCGAGAGGGUGCGGGCCGUCAGUGCCUCUGCCCUGCGCUUCUGCAACCCAGGGAAAGAUUAUAGACCUUGUGACCCGCAGCUGGUGUCGGAGCGGGUGGCCAAACUAGAGCAGAGCUAUGAGGCGCUGUGUGAGUUGGCAGCAGCGAGGCGGGCCCGGCUGGAGGAAUCACGGCGGCUCUGGCGUUUCCUCUGGGAGGUGGGCGAGGCUGAGGCCUGGGUACGGGAGCAGCAGCACCUCCUGGCCUCAGCCGACACGGGCCGGGACCUGACCGGUGUCCUCCGCCUGCUCAACAAGCACACAGCCCUGCGGGGCGAGAUGAGCGGCCGGCUGGGGCCCCUGAAGCUCACCCUGGAGCAGGGCCAGCAGUUGGUAGCCGAGGGUCACCCUGGAGCAAGCCAGGCCUCUGCCCGUGCAGCUGAGCUCCAAGCCCAGUGGGAGCGGCUAGAGGCCCUGGCCGAGGAGCGUGCCCAGAGGCUGGCCCAAGCCGCCAGCCUCUACCAGUUCCAGGCUGACGCAAACGACAUGGAGGCCUGGUUGGUAGAUGCCCUGCGCCUGGUGUCCAGCCCCGAGCUGGGGCACGACGAGUUCUCCACACAGGCUCUGGCCAGGCAGCAUCGGGCCCUGGAGGAGGAGAUCCGAGGCCACCGGCCAACCCUGGACGCCUUGAGAGAACAGGCAGUAGCCCUGCCUCCUGCACUGAGCCACACGCCCGAGGUGCAGGGCCGGGUGCCCUCCCUGGAACGGCACUACGAUGAGCUGCAGGCCCGGGCAAGAGAGCGAGCACUGGCCCUGGAGGCCGCCCUGACGCUCUACACCAUGCUCAGUGAGGCCGGGGCCUGCGGGCUCUGGGUGGAGGAGAAGGAGCAGUGGCUCAACGGGCUGGCCCUGCCUGAGCGCUUGGAAGACCUGGAGGUCGUGCAACAGAGGUUCGAGACCCUGGAGCCUGAAAUGAAUGCCCUUGCAGUGCAAAUCACUGCAGUGAAUGACACUGCCAAGCGGUUACUGAAGGCCAACCCCCCAGGCAAGGAGCGCAUUGUCAACACCCAGGAACAGCUUAACCACAGGUGGCAGCAGUUUCGGUCCCUGGCAGACGGCAAGAAGGCAGCUCUGACCUCAGCCCUGAGCAUCCAGAACUACCACUUAGAGUGCACGGAGACCCAGGCCUGGAUGAGAGAGAAGACCAAGGUCAUUGAGUCCACCCAGGGCCUAGGCAACGAUCUGGCCGGGGUGCUGGCCCUGCAGCGCAAGCUGGCUGGCACAGAGCGGGACCUGGAGGCCAUUGCUGCCCGGGUGGGCGAACUAACUCGAGAGGCAAAUGCCCUGGCUGCCGGCCAUCCUGCUCAGGCAGCAGCCAUUAACUCCCGGCUCGGAGAGGUACAGACCGGCUGGGAGGACCUCAGGGCCACCAUGCGGCGUCGAGAAGAGUCCCUGGGGGAGGCGCGGCGGCUGCAGGACUUCCUGCGAAGCUUGGAUGACUUCCAGGCCUGGCUAGGCCGCACUCAGACUGCUGUGGCCUCUGAAGAAGGGCCGGCCACCCUACCUGAAGCAGAGGCCCUCCUGGCCCAACACGCAGCCCUGCGAGGAGAGGUGGAGCGGGCCCAGAGCGAGUACAGCCGGCUGCGGGCCCUGGGUGAGGAGGUGACCCGGGACCAGGCCGAUCCCCAGUGCCUCUUCCUACGACAGCGACUGGAGGCCCUGGGAACCGGCUGGGAGGAGCUGGGCCGAAUGUGGGAGAGCCGACAAGGCCGCCUGGCCCAGGCCCACGGCUUCCAGGGAUUCCUGCGGGAUGCUCGUCAGGCUGAGGGCGUGCUCAGCAGCCAGGAAUAUGUUCUGUCUCACACGGAGAUGCCAGGGACACUCCAGGCUGCUGAUGCUGCCAUUAAAAAACUGGAGGACUUCAUGAGCACCAUGGACGCCAACGGGGAACGGAUCCGAGGGCUCCUGGAGGCUGGGCGCCAGCUGGUGUCUGAAGGCAACAUCCAUGCUGACAAGAUUCGGGAGAAGGCAGACUCCAUCGAGAGGAGGCACAAGAAGAAUCAAGACGCAGCACAGCAGUUUCUGGGCCGUCUUCGGGACAACCGGGAGCAGCAGCAUUUUCUGCAAGAUUGUCAUGAGCUGAAGCUCUGGAUUGAUGAGAAGAUGCUGACAGCCCAGGAUGUGUCCUAUGAUGAGGCCCGCAACCUGCACACCAAGUGGCAGAAGCACCAGGCAUUCAUGGCUGAGCUGGCCGCCAACAAAGACUGGCUGGACAAGGUGGACAAGGAAGGGCGGGAGCUGACUCUCCAGAAGCCAGAGCUGAAAGCUCUGGUGUCGGAGAAGCUGGGGGACCUGCACAGGCGCUGGGACGAGCUGGAGACCACCACCCAAGCCAAGGCCCGCAGCCUCUUUGAUGCCAAUCGAGCUGAGCUGUUUGCCCAGAGCUGCUGUGCCCUGGAGAGCUGGCUGGAGAGCCUGCAGGCCCAGCUUCACUCAGACGACUACGGCAAGGACCUCACCAGCGUCAACAUCCUGCUCAAGAAGCAGCAGAUGCUGGAGUGGGAGAUGGCUGUGAGAGAGAAGGAGGUGGAGGCGAUCCAGGCCCAGGCCAAAGCGCUGGCCCAGGAGGACCAGGGUGCAGGGGAGGUGGAGAGGACCUCGAGGGCCGUGGAGGAGAAGUUCAGGGCCUUGUGCCAGCCCAUGCGGGAACGCUGCCAGCGCCUGCAGGCUUCUCGAGAGCAGCACCAGUUCCACCGGGACGUGGAAGAUGAGAUUUUGUGGGUGACAGAGCGGCUGCCCAUGGCCAGCUCCAUGGAACAUGGCAAGGACCUUCCCAGUGUCCAGCUUCUCAUGAAGAAAAACCAGACCCUGCAAAAAGAGAUUCAAGGCCAUGAGCCCCGGAUCGCGGACCUGAGGGAGCGGCAGCAUGCGCUAGGUUCAGCCGCGGCAGGCCCAGAGCUGGCUGAGCUGCAGGAAAUGUGGAAACGCCUGGGCCACGAGCUGGAACUUCGAGGGAAGCGACUUGAGGAGGCCCUGAGAGCCCAGCAGUUCUACCGCGAUGCUGCUGAGGCAGAGGCCUGGAUGGGUGAGCAGGAGUUACACAUGAUGGGCCAGGAGAAGGCCAAGGAUGAGCUGAGUGCCCAGGCAGAGGUGAAGAAGCACCAGGUGCUGGAGCAAGCCCUAGCUGACUACGCACAGACCAUCCACCAGCUGGCGGCCAGCAGCCAGGACAUGAUUGACCGCGAGCACCCAGAGAGCACACGGAUAUCAAUCCGCCAAGCCCAGGUGGACAAGCUGUAUGCUGGCCUGAAGGAGCUAGCCGGAGAGCGGCGGGAGCGCCUUCAGGAGCACCUCCGGCUGUGCCAGCUCCGCCGUGAGCUGGAUGACCUGGAGCAGUGGAUCCAGGAGCGAGAGGUGGUGGCGGCCUCCCACGAGCUGGGCCAGGACUACGAACAUGUAACUAUGCUCCGAGACAAAUUCCGAGAGUUCUCCCGGGACACGAGCACCAUUGGUCAGGAGCGUGUAGAUAGUGCCAACGCUCUGGCCAAUGGGCUCAUUGCUGGGGGCCAUGCCGCACGGGCCACUGUGGCCGAGUGGAAGGACAGUCUCAACGAGGCCUGGGCUGACCUCCUUGAGUUGCUGGACACGCGGGGUCAGGUGCUGGCCGCGGCAUACGAGCUGCAGCGCUUUCUGCAUGGGGCACGACAAGCCCUGGCACGGGUGCAGCACAAGCAGCAGCAGCUUCCAGACGGGACUGGCCGUGACCUCAACGCCGCCGAGGCCCUGCAGCGCCGACACUGUGCCUACGAGCACGACAUCCAGGCCCUCAGUGCCCAGGUCCAGCAGGUGCAGGAUGACGGCCACCGGCUCCAGAAGGCCUAUGCUGGAGACAAGGCCGAGGAGAUCGGCCGCCACAUGCAGGCCGUAGCGGAGGCCUGGGCCCAGCUUCAGGGAAGCUCUGCCGCCCGCCGGCAGCUGCUGCUGGACACCACGGACAAGUUCCGCUUCUUCAAGGCUGUGCGGGAACUGAUGCUCUGGAUGGAUGGGGUCAACCUGCAGAUGGAUGCCCAGGAGCGGCCCCGGGAUGUGUCCUCUGCGGAUCUAGUCAUCAAGAACCAGCAAGGCAUCAAGGCAGAGAUAGAGGCCCGGGCGGAUCGCUUCUCCUCCUGCAUCAACAUGGGGAAGGAGCUGCUGGCCAGGAGCCACUAUGCAGCCGAGGAGAUCUCAGAGAAGCUAUCUCAGCUGCAGGCACGACGCCAGGAGACAGCUGAGAAGUGGCAGGAGAAGAUGGACUGGCUUCAGCUGGUUUUGGAGGUGCUCGUGUUUGGAAGAGACGCAGGGAUGGCAGAGGCCUGGCUGUGCAGCCAGGAGCCUCUGGUGCGCAGUGCUGAGCUGGGUUGCACGGUCGACGAAGUGGAGAGCCUCAUCAAGCGGCAUGAGGCCUUCCAGAAGUCGGCAGUGGCCUGGGAGGAGCGAUUCAGUGCGCUGGAGAAGCUUACCGCGCUAGAGGAGCGGGAGAAGGAGCGAAAGAGAAAGAGGGAGGAGGAGGAGCGGAGGAAGCAGCCGCCUGCUCCCGAACCCACAGCCGGUGUGCCUCCAGGGAACCUGGUGGGCAGCCACACAGCUCCUGACACCACCUGGGACGGAACCCAGCCUCGGCCAUCGCCAUCCACGCAAGCACCCAGUGUAAAUGGAGUCUGCACAGAUGCAGAGUCCUCACAGCCCCUGCUGGGACAACAGAAACUUGAACAGAGCAGCUUCCCUGAAGGGCAGGGACCUGGUCCAGGGGACGAAGCCAAUGGGCCCCGGGGAGAGAGGCAGACCCAGACUCGGGGCCCGGCCCCGCCUACAAUACCCCAGAGCAGGUCCACCGAGUCAGCUGCCACCCUGCCGCCUAGAGCCCCAGAGCCGUCUGCCCAGGAGCAGAUGGAGGGGGUGCUGUGCCGCAAGCAGGAAAUGGAGGCCUUCGGGAAGAAGGCUGCCAACAGGUCCUGGCAGAAUGUGUACUGUGUCCUGCGGCGUGGGAGCCUUGGGUUUUACAAGGAUGCCAAGGCAGCCAGCGUGGGAGUGCCAUACCAUGGAGAAGUGCCUGUCAGCUUGGCCAGGGCCCAGGGCAGUGUUGCCUCUGAUUACCGAAAGCGCAAACAUGUCUUCAAGCUGGGCUUACAGGAUGGAAAAGAGUAUUUAUUCCAGGCCAAGGAUGAGGCAGAGAUGAGCUCGUGGCUACGGGUGGUGAACGCAGCCAUUGCCACUGCAUCUUCUGCCUCUGGAGAGCCAGAAGAGCCGGUGGUGCCCAGUGCCCCCCGGGGCAUGACCCGGGCCAUGACCAUGCCCCCAGUGUCACCUGUCGGGGCUGAGGGGCCUGUUGUGCUCCGCAGCAAGGACGGCAGGGAACGAGAGCGAGAAAAACGCUUCAGCUUCUUCAAGAAGAACAAGUAGUCGGCAGGGCAAGGUCCCAGGCCAGCUCCCUCCCUCUGUUCAGGAAACUGCCAGAGACCGUCGACAAGGACCACCCUCUUGUCAGGACAACUGCCUGCUGCUAGGGUCUGUUGCCAAGGUCAGCCCAUCACUAGGAACUGUCACUGGGGACAAGUUCAUGUUCCCAAGGGCAGCCCUUUUCUUCUGCUGUUUAAUUCCAGACCGGUGGUGGAACCCGGGCAACCCCCUCUCCCACCCCCGCCAACUUCUCCCUUCUUGCCCCCGCCUUGUGCCUCUGUCCCUCACCAUGGUGGGGACAGUGCUGCACCCUCAACAUAGGCCAUGUGGGGAGUGGCUGCCCCACCUCAGGGUCAUUCUCCCGCCACAGGGAGGGCACGAGCCUUCUGCCUUCUGGUUCCUGCCCCUGGGACCAGCCAGGAACCUCUCAGAGAUGAAGCAGGCCCUGGGGGCAGGAGCGCCAGAUGACACUCAGAGGUGCAGGAGCCCUCCCUCCCCACCCCCACCCUCUGACUCCAGCUGCCACUCCAUCUCCAGCUGCUCUCAGUGGCUUCCAAGGUGUGUUGUUUAGGGACAGCCACCGCCUUGAGUCUGGCCAAGGAGGUGAUUAAACAGCUCAGCUUCUCUC